CGGCCUCGCGCAGGGAGAUGAGCGCCGCCAAGGAGUCGCCGCCGGAGCCCGGCCGCGGAGUGAAGCGAGCGGCCUCCCCUGACCUUGGAUCUAGCAGCUGGGAGGCAGCUGACUUGGGUAAUGAAGAAAGAAAGCAAAAGUUCUUGAGACUUAUGGGUGCUGGGAAGAAAGAACAUACUGGCCGUCUUGUUAUUGGAGACCACAGAUCAACUUCUCAUUUCAGAACAGGGGAAGAAGACAAGAAAAUGAAUGAUGAGCUCGAGACUCAGUUCCAGCAGAGCAUGGAAGGCACCAUGUCAGGAAGGAACCGGCGGCAUUGUGGACUUGGCUUCAGUGAGCUGGAUGAAGAUAAAGAACAACAGGAGGAUUCAAGAGAUUCCCUGGAGCCUGAAAGCUCGGAGGACUCUGAAAGUGAAUCUGAAUCUGAGGAGGAGGAAGAUGCUGCAGAAGAGCAGCCAUCCGCUGAGAAGCACAGCAACACUGAGAAUCCCCAAACAAGGAAGGAUGCAAAAAGCAACUACAAAAUGAUGUUUGUUAAAUCCAGUGGUACAUAGCUACAGAUCCAAUCAGCCUUUAAGUACAGUAAGCCUUAUGGUUACAGUGCAAAGUGUUGGACUGCUUACGGCACAGACCUUUCUAUUAUGGUUUUAGUAAGUCCCUUUUAGAAAAAAGAGUAGACUUUGCUUUCCCACCGUCAUGAAAUAUUUUUAUCGGCA